UCACGUCAUGCGUCAUACGUCACGCGUACAAAGCAAACGUAGCAGGGGACGAUUGAAAAAAUCGUAAUUUAGAAACCUAAACCGUCUCAGGAAUAUUUUACAGCUACAUAUAAUGUAAACGAGAUGAAGAAUCGGAAAGAGCGAGUUGAGCGGUGAGCGAAAUGUCGAUAGAGUACGUGCCGGUUAGCGAGGGCGAGCAGGACGAGCCCAUCGAGUUGCCAACAGAAGAAGACGGCUCACUGCUACUAAGUACAGUAGCGGCACAGUUUGCGACCGCUAGCGGCUUGAAGUACCGAGCGGGUGGCCGUCUGCGCGGCGUUCGCCUCGUAGACGAGCGGCUGUCUCCUCCAGCCGAGGGCUGGGCCGCGCACCGCUACUGGUGCGCCUUUCCGCGAGCCUCGCCGACGCCUACACCUCGACCGCGCUGCUCCGACUUGAUUGUACUCGGUUUACCUUGGAAGACGGGCGAAGAUGCCGUUCGAGAAUACUUCUCCGCAUUCGGGGAGCUGCUCAUGGUUCAGGUGAAACGAGACGUUAAAACCGGACUGUCGAAGGGCUUCGGUUUCAUCAAGUUCGCGGACUACGAGGCACAGGUGCGGGCACUCGGACGGCGACACAUGAUCGACGGCCGCUGGUGCGACGUGCGCAUCCCCAACGGCAAGGACGGCGGCGCGACCGCGCACCGCAAGGUGUUCGUCGGCCGCUGCACCGAGAGCCUCACCGCUGAGGACCUGCGCGAGUACUUCGGCGCGUUCGGUCAGGUGACGGACGUGUUCGUGCCACGGCCGUUCCGCGCGUUCAGUUUCGUGACGUUCCUGGACCCGGAGGUAGCGCAGUCGCUGUGCGGCCAAGACCACAUAAUCAAGGGCGUGUCAGUAAACAUCUCGACGGCAUCGCCGAAGCGCGAGCGCGGCGCGCGCGGCUCGCAGCUGCUGGGCUGGGGGCUGGUGGAGGGCGGCGCGCGCGUGUUCAACUGGGCGGCGGGCGACUGGCCGGCGCCGCAGCAGCCGCCCGCCGUGCACUCGCACGCGCCGCCCGCGCCCCUCGACACCAAGCUCUACCUCAAGUACGAGUGACUCCCUGUAUAUACUGUCCAGUGUCGCCUGAUACUAUAAUUGUUGAUCGCUGUCAAAUUUUAUAUGAAACUAAAUGUGUAAAUAAUAUAAUAUAGUAUGGAGUUGUCAA